UAUGGGAUAAAAAAGUUCUAAAGAAAAGAAUUAACAUACUCCUGAUGGUCAAAUUUCAAAUUUCUAAAGUCAUAUUCAAAUUACAAGAGAUCCAAUAACAGGAAAAUUGUAAGGUGUUCCAAAAGAAUGGGCUGAAUUGAAUGGUCUCAAACUUGAAAUAGGUUGAAUCCCACAUAAUUAAUUUCAGAUCAAAAUAAAACAGUGGAGACAAAGUAUUUGCCUGCUUCAGUCUAACCCUCAGAACUUCCAGAAGCAAUUCUUGAUUUAAUCAAUGAACCUAUAAUGAGUGCACCUUUUAAUUUACAACAUAAAAUUCAUAUUGAAAUAGAUCCAACAGCAUAAUUAGGUUUAAAGGGUCUUCCACCUGAAUGGAUAGAAAAGCUAAAGAAGGCUGAUCUAUAAAAAGCAGAUAUUGAAUAAAACCCAUAGGUUAUGAUUUAAAUCAUUUCAAAUUAUGAAGAAGGUGUUUAUAGACAAACAAAAUUAACAUUACCAACAAAUGAUGAAUUUAUUAAAUAAGUGAUGGAUAUAAAAUUCAUAGAAUAAGAUCCUUCUUUAUUGUAUAAAUUUACUGAACAAUUGGGAAAGGGAGCAAUGUGUAAAGUUUAUAAGGCAAUACAUAGAAAUACAAAUGAGGAAGUAGCAGUAAGAGUGAUGAAAAUAGGGAAUGAUAUGUAAAGAAUUAAAGUGGAAAUAGCAUUGAUGAAAAUGUGUGCAAAUCAAAAUAUUGUCAAAUAUUAUGAUUCAUACAUAUAUCAAUAAUGUUUAUUCAUGGUAGUAGAAUAUUUGGAUGGUGGAUGUUUGACUGAAAUUAUCUAUUAGAACUUUAAAUCUAUGAAAGAACCUGAAAUUGCUUAUAUAUGUGGUGAGAUCUUAUCAGGACUCAACUAUAUGCAUAAAAAGAAAAAGAUACAUAGAGAUUUGAAGAGUGACAAUAUUUUAAUGAAUAAGAAAGGUGAAAUUAAGAUUGCUGACUUUGGAUUUGCAACACAAUUAACAGCAGAGAGACAACAUAGAAAAUCUGUAGUAGGUACACCUGCUUGGAUGUCACCUGAAUUGAUAUUGAAAUAAGAUUAUGAUGAGAAGGUAGAUAUAUGGAGUGUGGGAAUAAUUGCUAUAGAAUUGGCAUAAGGUGAACCACCUUAUUUAAGAGUUCCUCCAUUAAAAGCUAUGUAUUCAAUUACAGCUAAUGAUCCACCACGAUUGCCAAAUAAAUUCUCUAAAUAAUUUUAAGAAUUUAUUGAAAAAGUUUUAGACAAGAAUUCUAAAACUAGAUUGACAGCUGAACAAGCUCUUGAAUUGCCCUUCUUCAAAAAUAGAAAUAAAGAUGGAGUUUUAUAAAUGAUAGUCAAUAAGAAAAAUAUUCCAUUAAAUGAAUUAAUUAAACAAGCCCCAAAAUGA